CAGAUUUAUCUGAUCUGGUUAUUUCCUGUCUACCAUCAGAAAAAGCUUCUUCAGUUUUUCAGCCACUGCUUCAAGCACACCUCGAUCUACACAUGCUAGAUUAAAAGCAGUUUCGGAAGAUUACCGGGCAAAAGGAUGAUUUUUGUCUUUUUGUUGCUUUCAGUUGUGACAGAACAGGUUUCUCCUCUUGGUCUGAUAAAGGAUCCUCCAGUGCAGUGCUCCCAGGAGGGAUUAUCAUGCGGUUUUAAUAUAAGUAAGUCACAGUGUUCAGAUGAAGGCUGGGUGAGGCCGAGGCAGGACUGUCCCAUGUUGCCUGAACUGAAGGUCGAGGUGUCAUUUAGGGCAGAUGAGAGUGAAGACAUAGUUCCUGUUCUAUUUCUCACACUCACUGAACCUGCUGAUGGAAGCAUUUUCACUCUGCAGGGGACGGAGGUGCACGUGCUUGAGGUCACCACUAACAGCCAUCUAUGUAUUCGUUACAUGUUCCCUAACAAAAUAACAUUGAUUUUAAAUCAGGAUGAGAAGCCAUGGUCUUUUACUUUGGACCGAGUUGUGGUCGAUCCAGGGUUGACCUAUCAAGUUUCUGUAUCUAAUUUACCGAAGCCAGAUGUGGGGAGACGUGCAGAAGUGCAGAAUAUUACCGUUCCAGGGUGUACAGAUCCUAGCAUCCAAAAGCUCACAGUGUGCCUGGAAAAUGGCAGCCUCUGGAAUCCCAACCCCACCUGGUCAUUUUCAGAUACUGAGAACAGUGGAGGAGUGAUCACAAUGACCUUUAAUACUGGACAGUUCUCUGAGCUGUACAGAGUGGGCCUUCACCGUCCUGAUUUUCACACCAACUCGUCAUUCACAGUCUCAAAGGACAAUCGUACAUCAAUAAGUGUCAAUUUCUCUCUGAAUGCUUUGCAGUUAAAACGCUGUGUUUCUGUCUUUGUGAUUAAACCAUUCUUUGUGAGGUGCAUGAAUAGCUGUUCAGAAUACAAAAAAAAGUUCAGAAUACCGGAAAAAGUUCAAAUCUGCUCAAGCCCUGAAAUAAAGAUCACCAACAGACAGCACAUUUCUUGGGCUGUUUUUGGCCUAGUGGGGCUCAUAAUUUUUGCUUUCUACGCUGCUCUGCUGCACAGCAACUCAAAGGAGGAUUCAUAUUCUUCUUCUCAUAACACCUCUGACAAGGAGGAAGUGGAAAGUGUUCCAGUGCAAAGGCCCAGUAAAGUCUUCAUCAUCUACUCUCUGGAUCAUCCCUUAUACAAAGAGAUUGUCCUUAAGCUGUGUGCCUUCCUAAGAGCAAAGUGUGGCACUGAAGUCACCCUGGACCUGCUGGACUUCACCUGGCUGAGUACUGUAGGCAGCAUCCAGUGGCUGGACAUGCAAAGGGAGAAACUGUCCAUGUCUUCAGAUAAAGUGCUGAUCUUAUGUUCUCCAGGGGUGUAUGCCAAGUGGAGGGGCAUGUGCGGAGGGAGGAGGGUGAUGACCAGGGAGGACGUCCGGUCACCUAUGGGAGACAUGCUCACCCCGGCCCUUGCCCUCAUCGUACCAGAUUUUGUGCAUGCUUCUUCUUUCCAAAAGUACAUUGUGGCUUACUUCGAUGAUGUGUGCAAUGAGAAGGACGUGCCUGCUCUGUUUAACGUGGCAGUGAAGUACCAACUGAUGAAGCACUUUGAGGAACUCUUCUUCAGGCUCAUGGACAAGGAGAAGCACGAACCUGGAAGGAUUAAACAGGUUGACGGUAUCAGUGGAGAUGACUAUUUCAACUCUUCGCCUGGAAGAGCCUUGAAAGAUGCCAUUGAGGCUUUUCAGGCUUACCAACUGGCAAACCCCAACUGGUUUGAAAUGGAGCUUGUAGAUGCAGAUGGAGAAGUUGAGGAAAGUAGCCUAGAGCGGGACUGUACCUGUGUUCUUCAGAACCAGCUAUGGGCCACAGAGAUCACAACUCCUGCACUUGUCAACAACAUUGGAGGUCAAAUGCAUGAAGCAGAGCCUGUAACAUCAAAUGCUGAAUCUACAGUCUCAGACUUCUCCUUAAAUGGCAUUUAUACCACAGUCCCCUUCAUACCCACACUGAGCAGCCAGAUCAGUCACUCAGGAAACCCAAACAAACCUGCAGAGGCAGUCAUUGACUCUUUGUGA